UAUGGGGCUGGAACCUUGGGCUGGAGAGGAGAGCAUUCCUCGCUCUUCAAGGGGGACCUCUGCAGCUGAGAUAGCCCUCCUGAUUUUGAACUGCCAUAGGACAUUAUUAGAUUUCAUCAUACAGGAACAUUUCCCCUCAGUAGAUGUCAAAGAACCUAAUAGAUAUGUGGACUUUUUUUCUAUUGUGGUAUCCAAGACAGCACAACUUAUUGCCCUGUGGAUGUCUGUUGGUUUUGCUCAUGGUGUUUGUAAUACUGAUAACUUCAGUUUGUUAUCCAUUACAAUUGACUAUGGUCCAUUUGGUUUUAUGGAGGCCUAUAACCCAGAUUUUGUACCAAACACAUCUGAUGAUGAAAGAAGAUAUAAAAUAGGAAACCAGGCCAAUAUUGGGAUGUUUAACUUAAAUAAAUUGUUACAAGCUCUAAACCCAUUACUGGAUCCAGGGCAAAAGCAGCUCGCUGCUCAGAUUCUUGAGGGGUAUCCUAUCCUUUAUUAUACAAGAUUUGGAGAAUUAUUCAAAGCCAAAUUGGGAUUACUUGAAGAAAGGAAGGGUGAUGAUGAUUUAAUUGCAUUUCUCUUACACCUCAUGGAAAAGACAGAAGCUGAUUUUACCAUGACAUUUCGGCAGCUCAGUGAGAUUACUCAAAGCCAGUUACAGGAGCUCAAUAUUCCUCAGCAAUUCUGGGCACUGAAGGUGACUUCAGAGCAUGAACUCUUCCCUGCCUGGGUGUCCCAGUACCUUUUGAGACUGAAGAGACACUGAUUCAAGGUGAUUUUUAAUUUUUUUCAAUACUUGUCUUGUGAGAUAAUUCCCACCCUUUUGAAAAAAAGAUAAUUUGGGGAGACAGUAGGUAAUUUUUCUUUUCUUU